GGCAAUGAGAGAGUGCGAAAUGUAGCAAUUGCGCACGGUUUCUGAAAAAAAUCCCAAAAUGCACAGCGGGAACAAAACCUACCGCAAAAUUUUCAAACUAACCCAACGCCAAUUCCAAUAACACUGUUAAUUUCACUUCUUAAAAAGCCCUCUUCAUUCUUCUUCUUCUCUGUUCUCUUCACAUUCUAAUCUCCAAUGGCGACAGCCUCAGAGAACAACACCAACUCCACGCGCCCCCAGCGCGAGGCCAAGAAGAGAGCCGCAGCUGCUAUAUGCGAAAUGCAGGGAAAUGCUAAGAAGAAGCGCGUCGUUUUGGGAGACCUCACUAAUGUCUCAGACGCCGCCACCGCUGCAGUUGCCGUUUCAGAGACUCAAAAACGGAAAAAAAUCAAACUUCAGAAACCAGUGCCGACGGUUGACACGCCGGAGAAAGUCGACGGGAGGAGCGACCCCCAACUGGGUGGGCCGUAUGUUUCAGAUAUAUACGAGUACCUUUGCGGAAUGGAGGUUCUUCCUAGUAAGAGACCCUUACCAGAUUAUGUUCAGAAAGUUCAGAAGGACGUUAAUGCUAACAUGCGCGCGGUUCUUGUGGAUUGGUUGGUUGAGGUUGCAGAAGAGUAUAAACUGGUUUCAGACACGUUAUAUUUUUGUGUGGCUUACAUAGAUAGGUUUUUAUCCUUGAAUGUAUUGUCCAGACAUAGAUUGCAGUUACUCGGGGUUGCUGCAAUGCUUAUCGCAUCGAAAUAUGAAGAGAUUAAACCACCUGAGGUGGAGGACUUCUGUUACAUUACGGAUAAUACAUACUCUAAGGAAGAGGUUGUGAAUAUGGAAGCCGAUAUAUUGAAGGCUUUGAGGUUUGAAUUGGGUGGUCCUACGGUGAAGACAUUCUUGAGGAGGUUCUGCAGAGUUGGUCAAGAGGGCAUUGAUACUUCUGAUCUCCAGUUUGAUUUCCUUAGCUGCUACCUUGCUGAGCUCAGUUUAUUGGAUUAUAAUUGUGUAAAGUUUGUGCCAUCUUUGGUGGCAGCAUCUGUUGUAUUCUUAGCAAGAUUUAUGUUAAGCCCAAAGAAACAUCCUUGGAAUUCGGCACUCCAUCAGCUCACUAGAUAUAAACCUGCUGACUUCAAGGAAUGUGUGCUAAACGUACAUGAUUUAUACCUUAGUAGGAAGGGGCCUUCUUUGCAAGCUGUGAGAGAGAAAUACCAACAGCAUAAGUUUAAAUGUGUGGCAAGAACACCAUCUCCUCCCGAGAUACCCCUUUCUUUUUUGAAUUUUCAGGAUCAGAUUCUUAGGCGUUGAUGAAACUUGGCUAUUUUUGCUCCGACUUUCUUUUCAACUUUUGGCAGGAAGGUACCCUUUCUGUUGCAUUUGCUGAUAUGCUUAGGAAGGUGCUUUUCUUAAAUGCAGUGACAAUGUAUCUAUGCUGGUCUCACUGACUCCGAUCGAGCUUGUACGAAAUGUGAUAACCCCAUUAGUUCAGAAUUAGGUUCUAUUUUUGCCAAUUAAAAUUCUUUGUAAGAGGUCAUUGAAUGAUUUGCAGAUUCUAUGUAUAGGAAACUUCUAUACGUUUUCAUUGUAGUUCGAUUAUCAUGCAAUCCAUGAUGUUCA